AUGGAGUCGCAGACGAAUUCCGACUAUGAGCUCCUAACAGAGCAUCUGGGAUACCCCCCGGUGUCCCUCCUCGACGACAUCAUCAACACCGUCAACGUUCUCGCCGACCGCGCCCUCGACUCCGUAGAACGCCUCCUCCUCUCCAUCCCACCCCAGAACCUAGGAUUCACAGCCCCGAAAUCCGCCUCCUCCUCGAAGCCGCAGCCGCCCCCCGAGGAGGCCGCCAAGCUGGAGAUCGAGACCGGCACCCACAAGCUCGAGACCCUCGUCACCGCCUCCAUCGACCGCAACUUCGACAAGCUCGAGCUCUACGCCAUGCAGAACAUCCUCACCGUCCAGCCCCGCGAGCUGCACCCCUACGUGCGCCUCGCCCACUACGCCGGGCUCGAC